AAUUGGGAUCAAUAGCCUUUUGAAGGUCAACUGUUGUUUUGCGUCACGAAACGAAGAUGGAGGCUAUCAGGAGACGACAUCACAUCGGGUAAAAAAUUGGAAUGGUUUUAGCAUAACAUUAUGAACAUGGUGCAUUUUGACGCGGUGUGACUUAAUGUUGGUAUUGACAUGGCAGCAGGAUUACUGGGAAGAUUGGCAGGACUUUCCAGAUCAUUUCUAGCAGGAUUUCACACCGAGUUGCAGUUGAAAACUCGACCAAAGGAACCACUACACUUGGUGGCAGGUUCAGCUGGUUUUUCUAAGACGAUUUCUCAGUCGCAUACGUUUAAACAAUGGACAUACGGUGAUGAUGCAUAUUUUGUGGCCAAAAAUAGAACCGCUGAUGUUAUAGGGGUAGCAGAUGGUGUAGGAGGAUGGAGAAAUUAUGGGAUAGAUCCAUCUGCUUUUCCACGAUCUUUAAUGGAAACCUGCGAAAGAAUGGUGAGAGAAGGCAGGUUUAAUGCUCAGGCCCCAGCCACUGUGAUCGCUGCAAGUUAUUAUGAACUCCAGCAGAUGAAAACGCCACUUAUAGGAAGCAGUACAGCAUGCAUUGUGGCACUGCAUAAAAAAGAAAGGCGGCUAUACACUGCCAAUUUAGGAGAUAGCGGUUUCCUAAUCAUCAGAGAUGAUCAAGUCGUUCAUCGCUCUCAGGAGCAGCAGCAUUAUUUCAAUACUCCCUUCCAGCUUGCUGUAGCCCCACCCAGCCAGGUGGGACUUGUGUUGAGUGACAGCCCUGAAAUGGCAGAAAGUUCAUCAUUUGAUGUUGAAGAAGGGGACUUAAUCUUACUGGGAACAGAUGGCUUAUUUGACAAUAUGAAUGAAGACAUGAUUUUAGAUUGUUUAAGCAAAAUGAAGGAUCACCGAGAUUCCGAGGUCAACGUUCAGUGCACAGCCCACCAUAUAGCCGAGGAGGCUUACCACCUCUCGUUUGAUCAGGAUUACCUGUCACCUUUUGCUCUGUCAGCACAACAAAGAGGAAUUGAUCUCAAGGGUGGGAAACCAGAUGACAUUACAGUGUUAUUAGCUCGUGUUUCUACUUGUUCGAGUGAUCAUGACAUAUGAAUUUGAGUGGAAAAGUGAAGUAACAAACACUUUUGAAAGAAGAGAGAGGAAGAGGGGUGACAGCCUUUGACACAUGUUUGAUUGUGAUAUGUAAAAAGGAUUUCAUCAUCAUCAUCAUUCCUGUGGUCAUCUCAUCAUCACUGCUGCCAGUAUCCUGUACCCUGAUGUUGAAUGAGAAAAAUGCAGCUCUGGAUAAAGUUUGCAUUUAUGUAACAUUCAGCUAUAGCUGAUAGAGAACCUGUACAUUUUAGUACAUGUAUAUACAAAAUGUAAAUUAUGUACAAGACUUGCAUCGCACAACUUGGACAUCAUAUAUUGCAAUGCUAGCAGCAAGUGUUGUUUUAUCUCUUAUGGAAGACUUGUGGACCAUAUAUUUCUUUUGAAAAGUCUUAAUGUGAUCAUUGUAAUUAAUCUUUGGUAAUUUGGGAAAAAUCCCAAUACUGAUAUUUUUCUGUUACUACAUGUAUUUGAAUCGUGAAUACCUGAUGAAGUGAUGUAUAGCAUAAAUUUACAAAACCUUCAUAUGUGAUGAUUUUUUAUGUGUAAAACAUUAUAUACUAUUACAAUAUCAACUCUGAUUUGUAUGCAUUCUAUAAAUACUGUAUACAGCUUGAAGUUUGCUCCUGGUUAUUGGCAGGAUUUCUUCUUUAAAUCUGUAUUCUUGUACUUUUAUAUUCAUGAUUUUAAUCUCCAUCUAUUCUGUUAUAGAAUUAUGGCAAAAUUCACUGCAGAUUUAAUUUCAUGGUUUUGGUCUUCAGUUAAAGUAGCGAUCAAAACUAAACGAAAAUAAGACAGUAUUCAAGACUCUUUAUUAUACCUCAAUAUAAAAAAAAUAUAUUAAAAAAUGAAAUGAAAUUUGAAAAUGUGUUAAAAUUAAAAAGUAAAUGUACAUAAGAGAAAAAAUAUCACUAAUACUUUACCAACAAUCAUGAAUUCUAUUAUCAUGAAUGACUUGUUACUAAACAACACAGGAAGGGUAGUUUUAUCUCCACCUUUGAAGGGUUCCAAUAGAAUAAAGCAGGAAAUAUUUGACUCCAAUAAUUUUAGAAUGAGAAUACCUGAUAAAGAUUUUAGCUGAUAACACGGAUCUUUUCUCAAUAGCUAGAGUUUUGAAGCUUUCAACCAUUGGCCUGAAGGAACCAGGAUCAAAUCCAGAUACUCUGAAUUUAAAAAUGACUCCUUAUACUAGAAUAUGGGUGGAUAAAGUAAUUUGUUAUCUUUUGAUUUAUUUCAUGAGAGUCUUGUAAUGUGCCCGUGAGUGAAAAUUUUUAGUUAUUAAAUUGACUUUUAUCUGAUGGGGGCUUAUUGUUUUUGUCUAUCUGUUGGUCAGUGAGUCACAGUUUGUGAGCACAGUUUCUCCAACAUAAUCAAGUGUAAUUGUGAAAUAAAAUAUGUUUUGAUUUUCUCAUGCUGGUGUCAUUUUGAUAAAUUGGAAUGCUUGUGAAUGUGGUUUUUGCUGCAUUUUGAAUUCAACCUUGACAGAGAUGUUCAGUACCAAAUGUAAUUGUACAAGAUAUCUGUAUAUUUGGGGGGGGGGGGGGAUAAAACAAUUUUGAUCAUUUUCUGCUUUAUAACAUGGAUUUAAUCAUUUAGAUAUAUGAGGAUGUUUUUGAAUGCAGUUUCAUCUACAUUGUAAUUGUGUAAGACACCAUGUUUUGUUGCGGGUUUUUUCAGUAAUAAAAAAAAAAAUAAUUUUUUUAUUUCCUGUAAUAAAUAUUGGAGUAUGUCAAUAUGAUGUACCAGGAUGUUGAGGGCAGGGGGUUAGAGAGAGAGAGAGAUGGUAUUGCAUAAAAUACAUAUAUUAGUUAUAAAUAUAGUUGAUUUUUAAUGAACAUAAUUCAUUGAAAACUACUGUAGACUUUGCUUCCAUAUUUUUAAUGAUUUGAUGUGCACCAUUUGAUAUUGUACAUGUAUAUUCUGUACGUUUUAAAGCAUGUGGAUUUUUUCAUAGCAGAGGUAGUUCAAGUACAUAUAUAUAUCCCAUACUCUGGUAGUACAUAUCAACUAUCAACCUCUUUGCAUCAAAGAGUCUGAAAAAUGAAGGCAAACUUUACAUUUUUAUUGAAGGGUAUCACUGCCAUGAAGAAGUAUAGGGCUGGUGAGAAAAAGUCAUGUAAAUGUAAAGUGUUGCAUCAUGAUUUAUUAUGGAACUGUUACACCAUGAUUUCAAAAAUUGAAGUAGUAUGACCGUAUCUGGGUUAUCAUACAAAAUAUUGAAAUUCUCUUAAAAUUCAAAGUAUAUGUACUUAGGUAGUAAUAAUUCAUUUUGAUAUGAAAAGCAUUACAGGAAGUAUUACAGCAAAACUUGGUUACAACAAAGACAGAUACAAGGAAUACUUACUUAUUAUGGAGUCCAACUUCACAGCAGAAGUGAACACCUGCUCAUUAUGAAAUCUGUACACUGUAGUCAAUUACCAAUUCAAAUUUCAGUGAUGAUCAUUAACCAAGAACAGUUUUCUGUCCUUAAAGGAUCAUUCUGUAUUUGUUUUGUUGUAUGCAUAAUCAUAAUUAUCCAUUUGUUUCAGUCAUAACUACUUUUUUUAUCUUUGUGUAUACAUUGAUUUGGUUUUGUAUACAUAAUUUUGUCACAAAAGGUUUGCAAGUGUUGUGAAGGAAUAAAAUAUAUGUAGUCAAAUAGGACUGAUACAUUCCUGUACAUAGCGUUGUUGGUGUGCGUCUGUGAGUGAGACAACAGUGUGUAUAUUCAGAGCUCAGAUGGUAUUGUAUAUUAUUGUUUGAUUAAUUAAUAAAAGGGAUUGGUCAUCACGAUUAUGAUAUAUUCACGAGACUUGUGCCAUUGUAGUAAAAUAUUCGAAUUUGAAGUGGACUGAAUAAUAAAUUGUACUAGCAAAUUUAUUUUAUGAACCUAUUUUUAAAUUUAGGUUUAAAAAAAUUAUCCUGUCAAUCAUCAGUGCUUUAUGAUUUUUGUAAUCAGAAAUUAUCUUCAUGGAAGAAGUUUUUAAAGGUUCUAUUGAUAUGAAAUAUGUACUUUGAAGCUGAAGUGUUAAUUUUACCAAUUUCUAAAUAGUGUCUUUCAAUUUCUUACGUUGUAUAGCCAUUAAGAAGUCUUUCUUACAUCUUAUUUAUUAAGGAAAUCUAAUGUAAAAUUAACUGAACUAGUCAUUAUCUUUGUAUUUGAGGGAAUAUAUCAACAGUGCAUCUGUCUCUCCAAGUAUGGUCGGAAUGUUAUAAAUAAAUCCUGCGAAUCUU